AUGGAGGAAACAGACGACACAAGCCCUGAUGUUGUAGAAUUAGGCAUGGAUGGAUGUGUCGUUGAAUGGCAUGAAAGAAGUAUGAUGCCAGAACCAUACGUUGGGGAAGAACUACCACCAAAUUAUGAAAUCAAAGCCAUGGAACAAUUUACACGUGUCUUUUUUGAACGAUAUUCAAACCCGGGACCGACACUAUAUGAAUUCACUUGA